UAUUAGGUACUUGCCUCGCCUGCUCUACAAAAGGAGCGCUUGCAUUGAAGCUGCUGAACCUGGUCAGGCUUGGUUGUUCUUCCUUGCUGUAUCUUCCUUGCUGCAUUUCAUGCUCUUACUUCCUUCCGUGUCACCGUUUCAGGCAUAAAAAUGUCUAUUGCAUACAAUGCCGACGCGGACCCUGACCCAACCACCCAGAUAGCAUGGCCAGCACGCCAUAGACAGCGCACGCAAUCUUCCCAACAGGAGCCACAGUCCCCUGACCAAGCAUCAUACCACACGCUCGAUGGAAAUGGCAAGCAGCCAGACAGUUCUGACCAUCAGCGCUCCACCGAACCCGGGCGCACACGUUUGAGUACAUGGAAUCUCAUUACCCUUAGUAUAUCAAUGGCUGGGGCGCAAAUAGCGUGGACAGUUGAGCUAGGAUACGGGACACCCUUUCUCCUGUCACUUGGGAUAUCAGAGCAGGUUACCAGCUUGGUCUGGUUAGCUGGCCCUAUCAGUGGACUCGUUGCGCAACCUCUCAUAGGUGCAAUCUCUGAUUCGUCCACGUCGAAGUAUCGUCGGAGAUACUGGGUUGUCUUAUCAACGGGAGCUCUCGUCGUUUCAACACUAAUUCUGGCGUAUUGUCAGAGUAUUGCUGGUUUCUUUGUUGAUAUAUUCGGCGGUGGUGCUGGUGACUGGGACCCAGAACGCACAAAGCAGGCCGCAAACGUUUCCAUUGGCAUCGCUGUUUUCGCGUUCUAUGUUCUUGAUUUCGCUCUCAACGCUCUUCAAGCCUCUUUGCGCAAUCUUCUUCUCGAUAUUACACCGCCUGAUCAACUCAAUGCUGGUAAUGCAUGGCAUAGCCGCAUGAGCCAGGCGGGUAAUAUCAUUGGCUAUGGGUUUGGAUUUAUCCCUCUUGCGAAGCUGCCCUUCCUAAGCUUCCUGGGUGGCGACCAGUUCCGAAAGUUCUGUGUCGUCAGCAUGUCUAUCCUUGUCGUCACUGUGUGGAUUACAUGCUUCUGUCACGAGGAGAAAGCUUCUACAGAAAAGAAGAAGAGCCAAAGGCGAGGCAAGUUUGGUGAAAUUUUGGAGAACAUAUACAGUGCAAUCACGACCCUUCCGAGACCUAUUAGAAGGGUAUGUCUGGUGCAGGUCUUUGCUUUUAUGGGAUGGUUCCCGUUCCUGUUUUACUCCACGACAUAUGUCGGUCAGGUGAUGGCCUACGAGACCGGGAAGGAGCCAGAUAAUGAGCUUGCCACUCGCACGGGUGAAUUUGCAAUGUUGCUGUACAGCAUUGUGGCUGUUCUCGCCGGUGUCAUACUUCCCGGCUUCGCGCGACGUGACCGUCGUCUUCUCCCUGUAGAAGGAGAUGACGAAGAUGCCCAGAUCGAGCACUUCCGCGGUAGACUUCAUUUGUGGCGUCAAGAAGGCAUUACGCGACUUCCAAAGAUGCCAUGGCUCCUCCGAGACAUAUGGACAGCGGCGAUGUUGUUAUUCACGUUACUAACGUUCUCUACAUUUUGGAUAAGCACCGUCAAGCAAGCCACGAUUGCCAUCAGCUUGGUUGGAAUAUGCUGGGCUGUUGCGUGUUGGGUGCCGUUUGCCAUCAUCAUGGAGCUAUUGAAAGAGAUGCAUGCCAAGAUUCCGCAUCUGCCUGAAGUGGCGACUGAGUCUGAACAUGAUCCUCUGAUUGGUCGCUCCUCUGAGGAAGUUUCAAAUCCUGAAGAUGAAGCCCAGACCAGCGAUAAUGAGACCAGGCCAGCAGGAGGCACUAUUCUUGGCAUUCAUAAUCUUGCCAUCGUGAUGCCUCAAUUCAUCAUUGCGGUCGUCGCGUCUGUAAUAUUCCGCAUCGUGGACGAAUCCACUCCUGUUGCUCCCUCUCCCAAUCUGGAACCCGAUCAUAACACGUACCUGGGUAAGAACGGCGUUGCGUGGGUGCUGCGAUUUGGAGGCUUGUGCACGUUGAUCGGUGCUGCUGCCUGUCGUAUGGUGCCUCCCACGAAGACGGAAAAUCAGAUGAGGAGUGGGCUUGCAGUGCUGCAGGAGCUCAAGGCUGAGGUGGAGCCUUGACUACGCUCUUGCUGAGGUUGGGUGAUCUAGAGUAGUUGACAUUUGCAUCUUACACUACAUUUCUAACGGCUGUAUCUGCAUAUUAGUUUUGCAUGUUUCAUUCAUGUAUAUCAUCUUGCUUUGUCGUGGUUCACUUUGUGACAUUAAUAUCAUUGGGUU